GCGGUGCACUAUCACGGCAAGUGGCGUCCCGACAGCAAAACCUAACGUCUACUGCUUCCAAAUCCCUGUCUGUCAUGAAGCCACGGUGUUCGCGGCUACACAACUCAUACAGAUACCCUUGUCAUGCGGCAUAUGACAGCAUCUCCAUACGGCGUUAGUCGGGCUAGAAUCAUAAUGAGAUCUCGAUGCAGGCAGACGAAUGGGGAUGCCGACUUGGGUAGUCGCGGGUACAGGAUAUGGGCAUGGCUAGCUGUUGUGAUCAGACGCGCUAUUAUCUUCUACGUGUUCCUGUCUGCACGGACAAACAGACAAAAUGUCAUUUGUCCCCGCAGUGCAUCGUGACAGCUUGCAAUGGUGAACCUACUGUGCGUCGGGGAUACAUGUGCAUCGGGGACCUAAGGGAUCGACUACUGCGAUGUUCGAUGUUCAGGGUCCUGCAUUCAUGCGUUUGUAGCAGGAUGGUACAGUGCAAGUUGCAGAAUGGGAUACGGAACUUUCUAUAUAUGCAAAAGAAAAGCAAAUCUGGCAGGCAGGUGACCUUCAAUAAACUUGAAUUAUCGAUAUGUUUGACUUCCAGGUAGCAAUGCUUAUGGAUCCCAA